AUGCAGAAUCCUGUGUCUGUCUCGGUCCCUGUGGCCUACCCCGGUUACAUGCAGCUUGCGUCGGCGUCGGCCGCAGCAGCACAGGGAGGAUACAACCAGCACCACCAGCACCACCACCAUCCCGGGGGUCCGUCGCAGUCUCAGCAACAUACGCACGCCGGGAGUAACCACAGCAGCCGGCGUGGCUCGCUCGAGUAUGGUGGGGCGGGGAGCGACCACUCCCACCACUCGCGCAGUGCGAGCGGGAGCGCGGGCGAUGGUGCGAGCGUCGGCACGGGGAGCGUACCCUCGAGCGCGGCGUCGUCUGCUGUGCACCUGCCGCUUCGAGGCCAUGGACACACGCACCCGCACCAGCAUCCCCAGCAGCAUCAUGGAGGCUAUGGUCCCCCAGGCGGUCCUUCUAGUAAUGUAAACGCCCCGUACAACUACGUUGGGAACCUGCCGGAUAGGACUCAUACUGCUUCCACCUCGUCUACCUCGUCCUCCCAGCAACAAGGAUACGACCGAUACGCGCCGCACGAUGAACGACAAGAGUUCUCUUCUGCUUUCGGGCUCAUGUCUCUCGACGAUCCCAACGUUCUAGCCGGCCUCGCGAACGACGGACAGCCCUUCUUCUCCGACCCUUCCCAGUCCCAUAACCAGCCCCAACAAAUGCAGCAGGAAGGUGCGGACGUGGACACGCCCAUGCCUAUGAAGCGGAACUCGGGUCAGCUCCAGUUCCCGCCUCUGGUUGAACAGCAGCGCCCGUCGACGGCGGGAGGUAUGCCGAGCUCUUCGAUGCUCGGUAUGGGUGGCAUGGGUACCCCUUCGAAGGACGCCGACGCGCGCGAAUUGAAAGAGUUCUGGAAGCAGUAUAUGCGUACGCCGUUGAGCGGCCCAGGACCUGCUGGUGUCGAGGGUGGAAUGAACUUUCCCAAUAAUUCUAAUGCUAGUCCGUCGAAGGGCACCCCGUUGGGAUUCCGGAGGCAAAGGGUGGCGUCGCUCCCGAGCGCGAAGACCCCUAUGCUCGAGGUGCACUCAUUCAUGCAAGGCGGCUAUGGACAAAAUCCGACUUACCAGCAACAUCAACAACGCCAGCAAGGCUCGAGCAAGUUGGGACCCAUGUCGUCGAUGCGCACUACCCUUCAUGGGAACGUGGAGGACCUCAGGUCCUACGAAGCCGCGGUUCUUGCCAGGAAGGCUCCCACUACUCUCAAUAUUCAGCUGCGCAGGCCCAAUAAAUCUCGAGCAAGUGCUAGCCCUCAGACUCACUUCGCCCCAAGGCCAGCAAGCGCCGUCGACUCUCCCAACCCACCCACUUCCUCCCUUGCCCACGCCUUUGGUGGAAAUCAGUCAAGCCCAGCUCCUCCCAGUAAACAUCCUCCUAACUCUGCACCCGUUGGUCGUGUCGCCUUCGUUGCCAAGUCGGAAGACUCCUCAAGCCCAGGUCUCUCCUCGCGCCAGUCAUCUACCGACCCAGACGGACACUCGGGUCAGUCCGAGGGCGAAUCGCUACGCCCAUCAUUUAAGCGCCUUCCAUCUCAGACGCUGGGCCCCGCGCACGCGAAGCGCGCGUUCCAUGGAUACACCGAUGAUGUCGAAGAUCGGGAGAGGGCUGCGGGGUGGGGACCCGGGGUACCCGAUAGCGCACCAGUAGAGAGUGGUGCUGGGAUGAGUCCGAAGGUCGGUGGGAUGGCUGGGAUGAGCCAUCCGGAUCGGGUCGUCGCGAGCAUCGCGGAGAGGAGAAGGAGAAGGAUGAGCGCGCCGUCGACGAGCAUCCCGCCGAAUUUUGACCUCAGCCAAGGGCAAUCUCAGGACCAAGAUAUGAACAUAGAAAGGUCUACGAAUCAGGAUGUUUCGGCUUUGGGGUACGCCCCUGCUGGGCAAGGAGGAGGUUGA